AUGGUGUGCUUUGUAAGGAAUCUGUUGGGUCUGACCAUUCUGGCAGUCUUGACUAGCACGGGCUAUGCCAUCCAUUGCUAUAACUUUAUUACGUCCUACAAUAGCAGUUUCGAUAAGAUGGUUUUUCCAAACAAGCCUACCGAAAAUUGCACCUUCAUGGCCACAGGAUGCAAAAAGCAGACUAUAGGAACCAAGAAUCAUGGAAUAAUAGUGCGUAGCUGUUACUAUGGCAAGGUGAACAAAAAAAAGGGCUGCGAGGAGCCCCCAACGGCAGAAAACCAGUUGGCCUGCGAUGUGUGCACCAAGGAUGGCUGCAAUGGAUCCGGCUCCUUGGCUCCCAUUGCUGGUGCAAUAAUCCUUUACUUCGGCGUAGUGCAUUUGUUUAUUUAA